AUGGAUAAACAGCUGCUGGGCGCCUCCGGAGCUGCAGACGACUCGCAGCACAGCCGUAAGGGCGGCAGCCUCAAAUACGACCUGUACGGCAAGAGAACGUCCCGAUCGUCCAUCGCCCGCGACUGCAAAUGGUCCAGCGUGCGGCUGUCCGGCCGCAGGGGCGGCGGGGGCGGCGGCGGCGGGGGCGGCGGGGCCGGCGUGGCCGAGGUGCGCGACGCCAUAGUCCGCAUCGAGGCCGCCGCCAACGGGGGCCCCCUGCCCUCUGGACAGCAGCCCAUCAAGGCCAUCGGCAAAGAGGUGCUGUCGCUGGGCGCCGACGUGCUGCCCGAGUACAAGCUGCAGUCGCCGCGCAUCCACAAGUGGACAAUACUCCAUUACAGCCCCUUUAAGGCGGUGUGGGACUGGAUCAUAUUACUCCUCGUUAUGUAUACCGCCAUCUUCACGCCGUACGUCGCUGCUUUCUUGCUUAACGAAGCCGAUUUCAACACGAGAAAAAGCAAGAAAUACGGUGAAGAUCCUAUCGUCGUGAUCGAUCUGAUCGUUGAUGUAACAUUCAUCAUAGACAUACUUAUAAAUUUCCGCACAACAUAUGUGAACAGCAAUGAAGAGGUAGUAUCUCAUCCAGGGAAGAUUGCAGUGCAUUACCUGAAAGGCUGGUUUGUAAUAGACUUGGUGGCUGCUAUUCCUUUUGAUCUUCUUCUUUUCAACUCAGACACUGAUGAGUUGGGCUUGGAUGCUGAUGAGACAACAACAUUGAUUGGUCUCCUGAAGACAGCAAGACUCUUGCGGUUGGUGAGAGUUGCUCGGAAGAUUGAUCGUUACUCAGAAUAUGGUGCUGCCGUCCUUCUGCUGCUUAUGGCUACUUUUGCUCUUAUUGCUCACUGGCUUGCAUGUAUAUGGUAUGCAAUUGGACAUGCUGAGCGAACCUUGAUGAAUAACAGAGUUGGUUGGCUAGAUAUAUUAGCUAAUGACACUCAUCAGUUUUACAAUGCCAAUAACACAGGAGGUCCAUCGAUAAAGUCUCGCUACAUCACUUCAUUGUACUUCACAUUCAGCAGUUUAACUUCUGUGGGAUUUGGAAAUGUAGCACCAAAUACAGAUUCAGAGAAGAUGUUCACUAUCUGUGUUAUGUUAGUUGGAUCACUUAUGUAUGCCAGCAUAUUUGGAAAUGUAUCUGCAAUCAUACAGCGACUGUAUUCAGGGACUGCAAGAUAUCAUACACAGAUGCUGAGAGUGAGAGAAUUCAUUCGUUUUCACCAGAUACCUAAUCCUUUACGCCAGAGGUUGGAAGAAUACUUUCAGCAUGCAUGGACAUAUACCAAUGGAAUUGAUAUGAACAGUGUACUUAAAGGUUUUCCUGAGUGCCUGCAGGCAGAUAUUUGCUUGCACCUAAAUCGUAACUUAUUGAGUAACUGUUCAGCCUUUGAAGGGGCUUCUCCUGGAUGCCUCAGAGCUCUGUCUUUGAAGUUCAAGACCACUCAUGCACCUCCUGGGGAUACCCUUGUACAUAAAGGUGAUGUUUUGACGUCACUAUAUUUCAUUGCUAGAGGGUCAAUAGAAAUACUAAAGGAUGAUAUUGUAAUGGCUAUUUUAGGAAAGGAUGAUAUUUUUGGGGAAAAUCCAUGUAUUCACCCAACACUGGGCAAGUCAUCAUGUAAUGUGCGAGCCCUUACCUAUUGCGAUCUGCAUAAAAUUCACCGUGAUGACCUUUUAGACGUACUAGAGUUAUAUCCUGAGUUUUAUAACUCAUUUUCUAACAAUCUUGAAAUUACAUUUAAUAUGAGAGAUGAGGAGCUUGCAGGCGUAGAUCCCAGAGCAGCUAGGAGGCAUAGAACAGGUUUAGCUUCUCGUUCAAGCUCACAGGACAGAGAUUCAGAUGUAAGAAGAUAUGCUUACAGACCACCUCGUCGUCGAACAUUCCAUCACAGAGGAUCAGGUGGUGGGCCAUGUGGGGAUGGCACUCUAGGAGGCAACAGUCAAGAUUCCAGUGAAGAUGGGUCUGAGUUUGAGAAGUCUGGUCAUGGCAUUCUAGAAUUCUCAGCAGAUAAGGCUGGUCGGGAUGUGACUCCAAUGAAUCUUGAAUUUGGAGAUGAUGACAGACAAGUGAAACCAGGAACACUUAAUUCAAUUGCUGGCAUGUUCUCGCAACUGAAAAGAAGCUUCACGGAUCUCCGCUUGCACAGGUCUUCCAGCCAGAGGCUCCACAACACUGACAUUAAGACUGGUGGCUUGACGAACACGGUGGUAGCACUGGACUCCCUCAUGAAAUCCAGCAGCCAUGGAAAUGGCAAGCAUUCACAAGGUACUCCAAACGUGGGCCCAUCUCCUGCUGUAUCGGUCCACUGCUGCACCAAAGAGAACCAGCCAUUGCUUCACCAUCAAACUCCAAUUUCAGGAAUUGGCUUAUCGACUCCCCACCUUUCCCGCCGCCGCACAUCUGAAACACAACAGUCAUCAGUGACAUCGACAACAGCAGUAGCUGUUCAGUAUGACGAACGAGAUGAUAACCUUCACAGUAUCCCCAGUGUGCCUAUCCCUGCUACCCCACAACAAGCACCUCUGUCAGCUUUAAGCCAAGCGACCGAAUCAUCCUAUUACACAACACCUUCACCCCCCAUACAUUCCAGUCCUCUGCAGCGAGUAGAUAUGUACCGACAGCAUCAGCAGACUGCUGACCAUUCAUUGGUCUAUUCCCAUGUAGGUGCUCAACAAACAGUAUUAUCGACAGGAAGUUACCAAACUCCCGGUCACACUCGGGCCGAGUACACUGGCUCACCAGCUUGGACACAACCUGGGAGGGAACCUGAUGUCUAUGCAAUGAUAAAUCAGCUGAGCAGGCAAGUGCAGGCACUGGAACACAGUGUAGCUAGUGAUGUGAGAAUGAUACUUAGUAUUCUGAAGCAACAGCAGCAACAGGGUCACAGCUCUGAAUCAUCUGGCUCAUCAGUCAUACCUGAUGUGCGAGAGUCUUCUUCUGACUUUGGCCAGAGGUCAGGAAGAUCCUCCCGAGAUCAUGCUCCUAGUGCCCAGAGAAGUUAUAGUGCAUCUCACGAGACUCCAGCUUCAUUGCCUUCAAAUAAUUUCAGGCCAACACCAAUGGAAGAUUUCCGGCAUGCUGCCACUGGCAGUAACAGUAUGGAUUUACAACACCAGUCACACUCUCACCACUCCGUCCCACAGCAAGUGACUCCUGAACUUACCUCCAGGCAUCCACAUUACAAGCAUUCAGCAUCACGCAUUCCACAACGCAGUCAGUCACAACCAGUAGAUCUUAUGCAGGUACAGCAUCAGCACACACCAUCUUGGCAUCAACAACAUGGUGAUACUGAGAGUGAGGAUGCAUGGCCUGUUCAGCAUACUGCAGAUACUAGAAAAGAUGAUUUUUCAUUUAGAGGAACUGCGGCUGAAGAGACACCAUCGUGGGAUUUUAAAGAUGCUCCAGUGGCGCCUAUUGCUAGGCUAGAGUCAUUGGAUGAACUUGAUCAAGGACAGGACUCACAGAGUAGCAGCCCACGUGGUGCAACAUCUGGCCCAUCCACAACGGAAGUGAAAACAUCAGAUGUCUAGUCUACUCUCCACAAGUGUUUUUCAAGGCACGUUCUUGUUGUCACUGAGAAAAAGACAUACAUGGACAAGUGAGCAAGAAACUCUUCAGGGAAUCACAGCCCAAAUGAAAUGGACUGUUUUAUAAUAGUCAAAACAUUGUCACAAGACAGUAGUGUUUUCAAUAAUUUGUAUUUUUUUUAAACACGUUACAAGAAUUUAUAUGAAAAUAUUACUUUGCAUUGUAAAAAAAAAACCAUUGUGCAAUCACACAGUUAUUCACUCAUCUGAUGCUGCCUGAAUCAAAUAAUAUGGUAUUUUAAGGAAUGAUUCUUUAAAAUUGGGAUAAGUCAGUAGCUGUUAGCUAUUCACAGUGCUUGGCAACACCACUAAAAUGAAUUAAGAAGGUGGUGUACUGGACAGAGUUGUGUAUUCAUAGGCAACUGAAAGUCAGCAUAAAAUAGAAUAAUAUUCUAGUGUGUGAGAGAGGUUACAGAGGACAUACUGUUGUAAUCAGGACAUCUGACUCACUGUUAGUCAUGGACAAUGGCUCACAGUAACAUUAAUUAUACGUGAUAACAACUUGCGUAUGCUUUGGUCUUAACAAUUUAUAUAACUGAAUAAAUAAAUUUUCUUGAAGACUGGGCAUUCAUAUUCACAUAAGUUGAUUUUUUUGCAGAAGAAUUCUGUCUGUUGUUCUGCUAAAUGUUUUGGAGGUUUGACAUGAAAUCAUAAACUUUUGUCUAUUAACGCCUUUCUAUAGGUGACUGCUGCAGACAUGAACAUGCAAGACAUUGUUGCACAGUCAAGGAAGUGAUGUUUUAACUUGAGCUUUCUUGUGACAACACACAGGUUACCAUUUCAUAAUACACAUGUUUCUUUCUCCUUUUGGCAUUACUUACUUUGUGCUUCACAGUGACAGGCUUUGCACAUUCAAAUGUAUUGGAUACUUGUAAAAGGAACAUAAUUCCUAGUUUUAUAUUAUGAAACAUGCUUUGAGACUUCUUUUUAUUUAAUUUUCUAUCACAUUUGGACAUUCAAAGCAUUGAAUUAGUCACCUAUUUUGAUACUAGCAUUUUUUAGCAUACAUGCAUAGCUACUAUAUGCAUUUACAAAAGUUAUACUUGUUCUUUAAAAUACAUACUAAUUAAUUAACCACAUCUAUUCCAUUUUCCAUUUCAUGUAAUAAAAUGGAUACUCGUUUAUUUGUCCCAGUAGUAUUCACAGACAGUCCAUUGUUGAAACAAACUUACACUCAUAAUAGUGAGUUUCUGGAAAGGAGCCAACGAACCACAAGUGACAUAACCAUGUUCUCCUACAUUUAAUGAGAUUUUGGUUUUGGGAACAACCACUGCAAUGUUUUGCAACAUAUUGCAUCAUGUGGUGCACCAAAAACCUAGUCCAAAACACCAAACAAAUUUUGCUAAAGAAGAUAAAAUUUUCUGAUGAUUAAUUUUGUACCUUCACUGUAAGUAAUAUUAACCUUCAGAAUGACAUGCUCAAAUAUAUCACUAUUUAUCACAUUUAAAAUACUACUCUAUAUGUUCAAGAAAAUAUUGGCACAUGUGUCUUAUAAUUGUCCAUUUGCCUCACAUUUUGCUCAGUAUUCAUGGUCCCUGAUUUUGUUUUAUGCAGACAGAAAAUGAUGUAAGUUUGUCAAAAUUCUGAAAUGGAAUUCUUCAUUCUUUCCAACUUCUGUGAAUAAUGUAUUAUUAUACUUGUAUCAAUUUUUCAGUAUUUUUGUGAAGAGGGGAGGGGGGAAGAUAUCAGAUAACAGCAAUUGAUAACUUACAGAGCUCUGGGACUGAUUUAUGAGAAGAGAAUUUAGUCUCAUGCAACCUUCAUGUGCUGUCAAACAGAAAAUCAGGCAAACUAUCCAUAAUGUCACUGUAAGCUGGUUUCUUUUCCUGUAGUGCUUGUGAUUACAUUUAUAAGAAAUACUAAUUUCUUUAUUUCUAGUGGCUCAGUACUUAAACACCUGUUAGUUUCUAUUCUUUAUUGACUCACGAAACCCCUGUCUGAAUGUACAAUUCAUCUACUUUCUAUGUGUUUGUCAAGGUUUACACAGUAUAUUGUGUAGACAUUUGACACAGAGAAUUUGGUUUCAAACUGAUACAUUGUUUUCUGAAUUUAGUUUCAUUGUUAAAUAUUUAUACAUAUAUGAUGAAAACUGUCAUUAAUGCCCUAUAAUCUGAUACAGUAUUAUAUAAAUUUAUUUUAUCCUGAAGGUGCCCAAACCUACAAAAAGUUAUUCACACACACACACACACACACACACACACACACACACACACACACACACACAAACAAACAAACAAAAUGAAAUGGAAUCUCUGUGCAAAGUAUUUGUUACCAGAUUUUCAUGUUCUGCAAAUACAAUUACAAAAAGCCUGUCCAUUACACAUGGCAUAGUUAUACUUUCCAAUAUCAGUAUGAUUGAAAGCUACAGAUUCUACUGGAAACUUAUUUUAGAAAAAAGUAUUUUUCAAGUCAGAAGUAUUUUAUGAAUUUCAAGUGCUGUACCCUCUAGCCAUCAGAUUAAUAUAUUUUCACAUUCUAGUUAAUCUUUUGGUACACUAAGAAUAAUUCAUAGCCCAUAAGUAUGAAGGUGAAAAAUUUUGACUUGUCUUCAACUUUAGCCUUAAAAGUACUUUUUCCUCUUCAGAUGUAGUGAAUGCUGUGUUUUAUAACUCACAUUAUUGUACAGUAAUUAAAUUUUUCCAAUAUGUUCCUGCCAUUAAAGAACUCUAAAAUGUCCAGUUUCGUCACUCUUAGAAUCAUAUUGUCUUUUAAUUUGCGUUUGUACUUAAUUUUAGAGCCUUUGCAGUUCCAAGUGUUUAGUAGUAUGAUGCACAUUUAUCAACAUUCUGUUGUCAACAAACAUCUUUCUUUAAUAGUUCUUGACAACAUCAAAAGUCUCGUUGGUGCCUAAAGGAAGAAAUCAGGGGCAAGGUUAAGGGAAAAUUGGUGCUUUUUUAGUGCACAUAUCACUAUUUCAUUAUUCAGAAUACAAAUUUAAAAAACAACUAUGCUAGGUUCACCAUACAUAAUGCCAUCACAAUUAAUAUAUUACUAGUUUUCAUAUCCAUCCAUACCGCUGAAUGAGAAUGUGUGAGUAGAAAUUAUGACCCAAGUAUUGUGUGUCAAACAUCUGAAGUGUUUCAGCAUUCAAUGAGUAUUACAAAUUGUUUAUUCGUUCUCUUCAUAAUUCUGUCCUUUCCUUCUCUUCGUGUUGCUGUCCUUUUUCAAAUGUUAUAAUGUCAUCACUAAUUGAUCCUCCAUUCUGUAUAUAGUUACAGAACACAACACAUUUGCUCAACUGUAUUUCAACAGAAGUUAGUAAUUCCUGCAAGCUUGUUUAAUUGUAUAUUAUUAAAAAUGUGUCACUUCUUGCUUUCUACUUCAUCUCACUUAUUGUAUUAGUUAUGUCACUGAUAUAAGUAGCAAUCUAACUGCAUCCUGAAGAAGUGUGUUCUCAAAUUUUGUACAUUUUUAAAGUAAUCGGUUAUCAGAUGCCCUUCUCCACAUGUUCCCCAAUGUAUGCCACCAGUUAUCAAUCAGGGGGAAAUUAUAGCUUAUACAUUUCAUAUGAAGUUAUUAUGAAUUACACUCUUAUAAAUAUUUGGGAAACAUAACAUCAACAUUUGAUAUCCUGUUGAUAAGUGGUCAUUUUAUUUCUAAUUGUGGAGGUCAUGGGAAACAGUAACAAUUCCAUGAUGUGUUGGCAGUAGUCUUCCAUUGAGAGAGAGGCUACUAAUGAUUGCUCUUCGAUGUCACAAAAUGUGGAGGCAUUUUUCUAUUAGCAGUGUGAUGCAGUUACAGAAUUAAUUUCUCCAGGAUGUACAUCUUGUGCACUUGUGUGUGUUAACCUUAGGUCAAAUGGUGAUACAGCUGUGCCUGUUCCAUCAUUUGGGUACAUGUGAAUGCAAGUAUUGAGCCUUUGUUCAUGAGAACAUAAUCUCUGUUAUUUUAGCAAAAAGCACGUGAAGUAAGUGCACAUUAUUUUUGUGAGAUCAUAUGUGUGUAUACCUGAUUUGUUAUGUAGAUAUCUGUUUCAAGAGAUUGCUCAUAAAUUGUGUACAUAUUUCAUUAUAAAAUAAUGGAACUAUGUUAACUACUUAUAUUACAGUGUGUACAUAAUGUGUAUAUUGUUAAGAGUUUUUUAUUUAUUGAAGUUGUUAUGUACUGUACAUAAUUUGUAGAUCAUGUUUCAUACCUUAACCAUCAGCAUAAAAGGCAUGCUUGAAUGAAACAGACAUGUAUUAGGUCUGUUAAUUAUUGAACAGUAAUGGAUAAUUUGUUUUAUAUUUGUUAUUGCUCCAGUGCAAAUAAUGAUUUCAUACCAUCAGUGUACUGGAAUGAAUAAUUCUUAAGUUAAAUUUUCUUUCCCUUUCUGUAGCUUUUGAAAAUGGUUUUUCAGUUUCAUGUAAUAAGAAAUUGUAAGUUCAAAGUGACCUGUAAAUGGAACUUCUGUAUAAAAUAUGAAUUAUCUCUUCAGAUUGUUCAUAAUGUAAUUCCAUAAAAGACUGCUUUGUAAUAGACUACACAAAUUCAUAAAAACGCUAUAUAAUUUCAAACAUGCCGCAUUUGGAGGAACUGUGUAGGUACUUGGGGUAGUUAAAUGAAACAUUUAUGACAUGUCAGUCUUCAGAUAAGAUGAGUGCAAGUGAGUCAUUGUGACAUGUUAAGUUGUUGUUAUUGUUAUUGUUAUUGUUGUUAUAAAAACACCAAAAUAAACAAAAACCUGUGAUUUUUUAUGAACUGCAACUGAACUGGCUCAAAAAGGAAAAUGAAACUUGAUACAUCAUCGCAGGUGUUUGAAAUACUUAUGGAACAUGGUUUUUGAAGAAUUUGGCUGUCAUAUCAAUAAUAAUUACAUAAAAUUUUUAAAUUUUAUAUUCUUUUUCAAUGAUCUUGUGAGCUCUUAAGGGGUGUCUGUAUUGCACAAAUAUAUAUUAAUUUAUAUAUGUAAUGCAAUGCAGAUCUAAUGCUGCUGUUGUCAUUUAUUAAGAGAAGAUGCUUUCACUCUAAAUGUUGACACUUUGUUCAACCACAGAUGUAAGGACUGGGUUCUUGCUUUGUAAGGGUGUUAAGUUUAAAAUAUCAAUAAUUUUACCACAUUUUUAUGACACUCUUUCUUGGCAUUAACAAGAUAUCUAACACUGCUGUCUGCCAGUCUAGCACAUGAAACAGAAUGCUACUGGACAAGUGAAAAGUGCCCUUAUUUUAAAUGCCUUACAGACUGUUUCAUUACUAUCUAUUGUGUUUAAAUUAUUAUUUUAAUUGUCGUAUUGGCAUUAGCAUUUUUUAC